CAUUUAGCAGCCCCAAUCAGAGUGCAGCUAGCGGCCCAACUGAAAAUCUAGCAUGAUGAGUGCGGCGCACAUUCGCUUUCAUUCAUCCUUGCUUCCUUUAAGUCCCAUCCGACGUCAACCACAGCUCCAUCCACUGUUCCACAACAUCCAUUUGUGUCCUAGUCCUAGAAACCUUCCUCGUAGCAAGUCGUCCGACUCCAAGAGGUCCCUAAACCACAUCCAUGUCGUCGAGCACCGGGUCAACGCCGGACACUAGUUCGAUCGACGCGCCGGCCGCAGCCACGGCCGGAACAACAACAAGCUCCAACCUCACGGUGCUGUACAUCAUCAUCGCCGUCCGCUACGGCCUGUCGGUCCUGCGCGAGUGGCGCGAGCGGAACGGGAACGGCACCGGCGCGCUUCUCGGCUCCGACGACCUCGGGCUUAGCAUGGACGACAUCACCGCUCUCCCCACCUUCACCUACAGGUCGCGAGCGCCGAUGACGCCUAGCAGAUGCGGUGGCGGCGGCAAGAGCAAGGGGAGGGAGGCGGCAGCGGUGGAGUGCGUGGUGUGCCUGCAGGAGCUUGCGGACGGCGACGUGGUGCGCGUGCUACCGGCGUGCAAGCACUUCUUCCACGGCGGCUGCAUCGACGUCUGGCUGCGCACGCGCUCGUCGUGCCCGGUGUGCCGGGCGUACCCGGAGCCAGAGGCCGGCGCGCGGCUGGGCGAGCUCUCGCCGCCGCUGCCGCAGCUGCGACGCUGCGGCGUGUCGCCCGAGCGGCAUCCUACGUCGUCGGCGUCGAGGAUCCUGGCGGAAAUCUUGGCACGGUCGCCGUUGAGGAUCGGGAGCUCUUCUUCGGCUGCGAGCGGGACGAAGGAGGAGGUGAUCCUGUCCAGGUCGGCAUCACCAAUGCCAACGGCGACUACAAGUGAUUACAUUCUGUCAAGAUCUCCGUCGCAGGCGCCACUCGCUCAUUCGGCGUCGUCUGAGACGCUGGAAAUUCUGGUGGUCCGGUCGAAACCGCCGUCACCGAUACGGUUUGGGCGUCAGUCGACGACGAGGUGCGUUGGCGUAUUGGAGCGCACGGAUGUGAUUAGGUCGGCCUCGGCGUCCCCGGCAAUGUCUAGAGCACAAUGGUGACUUUGCAGUCAAAAGUGCUGUCACCACACUAAGGUACGUGCAGCGGAACAGAGGCAACAAAAUGUUACAUGGCCUGCACUGUUGAUUGAGUGAUUGUGCAGUAAAUAGAUGAAUGGCACAUUUUGAACAUU